GUUUCCCACCCCGUGGGCAGGGCCAGCGCUGGCAGAGCAAACGUCAGUCGUGUACCUGCCCCACUUGGAUAGAAAGAUGGCUGUACUUAUUCGGGGCAGGCGUGUCGGUGUGAGGGCUGGGAGGACAUCGGAGACAUUCGCGCGAGGUCAGAAAGGGGGCGCUUACGGGAGCCAGCGGCCACCAUGGCGUCACGCAUCGGCCUCCGCAUGCAGCUCAUGCGCGAGCAGGCGCAGCAGGAGGAGCAGCGGGAGCGCAUGCAGCAGCAGGCCGUCGUGCAUUACAUGCAGCAGCAGCAGCAGCAGCAGCUGGGGGCGCCGCCCACCCCCGCCAUCAACACCCCCGUCCACUUCCAGUCUCCGCCACCCGUGCCUGGGGAGGUGCUGAAGGUGCAGUCCUACCUGGAGAACCCCACCUCCUACCACCUGCAGCAGUCCCGGGACCAGAAGGUGCGGGAGUACCUGUCUGAGACCUACGGGAACAAGUUUGCUGCCCACAUCAGCCCUGCUCAGGGCUCCCCAAAGCCCCUGCCAGCCGCCUCCCCGGGCGUGCGGGCCGGACACGUGCUGUCGUCCUCAGCCGGCAACAGUGCUCCCAACAGCCCCAUGGCCAUGCUGCACAUCGGCUCCAACCCUGAGCGGGAGUUUGAUGUCAUCGACAACAUUAUGUGUCUGGAUGAUGUCCUGGGCUUCAUCAAUCCCGAAACUCAGAUUCCCAAUACGCUGCCCCUGUCCAGCAGUCACCUAAAUGUGUACAGUGGAGACCCCCAGGUCACCACCUCCCUGGUGGGCGUCACCAGCAGCUCCUGCCCAGCCGACCUGACCCAGAAGCGAGAGCUUACAGAUGCUGAGAGCCGGGCCCUGGCCAAGGAGCGACAGAAGAAAGACAAUCACAACCUCAUUGAAAGGAGACGGAGGUUCAACAUCAACGACCGCAUCAAGGAGCUGGGAAUGCUGAUCCCCAAGGCCAACGACUUGGAUGUGCGCUGGAACAAGGGCACCAUCCUCAAGGCCUCUGUUGAUUACAUCCGGAGGAUGCAGAAGGACCUGCAGAAGUCCCGGGAGCUGGAGAACCACUCUCGGCGCCUGGAGAUGACCAACAAGCAGCUCUGGCUCCGCAUCCAGGAGCUGGAGAUGCAGGCUCGAGUGCACGGCCUCCCCACCACCUCACCCUCGGGCAUGAACAUGGCUGAGCUGGCCCAGCAGGUGGUGAAGCAGGAGCUACCCAGCGAGGAGGGUCCGGGGGAGGCCCUGCUGCUGGGGGCCGAGGUCCCCGACCCUGAGCCACUGCCGGCUCUGCCCCCCCAGGCCCAGCUGCCCCCGCCAGCCCAGCCAGCCCAGCCACCGUCCCCAUUCCACCACCUGGACUUCAGCCACAGCCUGAGCUUUGGGGGCGGGGGCAACGAAGGGCCCCCGGGCUACCCCGAACCUCUGGGGCCAGAGCAUGGCUCCCCGUUCCCCAACCUGUCCAAGAAGGAUCUGGACCUCAUGCUCCUGGACGACUCACUGCUGCCGCUGGCCUCCGACCCCCUCUUCUCCACCAUGUCCCCCGCGGCCUCCAAAGCCAGCAGCCGCAGGAGCAGCUUCAGCAUGGAGGAGGGCGACGUGCUGUGACCGGGGCCACGGGGGUGGGCCUGGGGGGGGGAGAGCCAGGGCCACCUCCCUCCCACCCUCCAGCCUGUACUUGUGUGUGAAGUAGCCCCUGCCCUGCCUCACUCCGCCCUGUCGGCCCCCUGUUUGGGCUUAGUGCCCUUGGCAGUCCGUGGGGUUGGAAGCCCCCCACCCAGGGGCAGCCCUCUUGAUGGGGCUGGGCAGAGAUAGGCCUUCAGCCCGGCUCCCGGAGGUGAAAUCAUGAGGGUGAGGGAGGAUACAGGGUGUGCUGGAGGUAAGACGAGCUCUUACCUUCUGAGCCUGGUCCCCCCACCGAUGAAGGAGGACUCGUUGGAACCAGGGGUCCAGACGUUCCUUCUUGGAGGCAGUGACUGGUCCAGGGGGUGCCCAGGCCUGCCUUUCUGGACUCUGAUGGCAACAAGCCCGUCCUCCAGCCUGGCACUCCCCGCACCCCCCUUUGGUGCUAACAGCUCUCCACCAAGUGGUGUGAGGGCGGGGGUGGCCAGAAGAGGAGGCGCUGGGUUCAAGUUAGAGUGGGGUCACUGCUGGAAGAGCAGCUCCCCUCCAGUCUCCCCACUUGUGCCUUCAGUAAACACUGUGCUUUGUACCUGUUUGUCCUGUCUCUUUGGAGGGGGGUCUGGGGACAACAGAGAUGGGAGGAUUCAACCCAGUGGGCUCCUUUCUGGAUUCAGAGUUCAGAUGCCCCCAUGGGGAUCAGGGAAGGGGGAUACAGGCAGGAGGGACUGAGUCCAUCACCUAGUUUCCCCCAACUCCCCAGCCCUGCCCCAUGGGAAGCUGGAGAUCUAGCCUUAGGUGGCUCGGGAGCUGCCGGGGGGCCUUGUCCCUCCUCGCGGCCACAAGGUGGCGCCACAGCCCUGCUGGUCUCACGCCUCCAGCUGUGGCCUGAGACCGCUGACCCGGGUGAUGUGGGAGACCCCGUUGCUUGUAAACCAAGUCUGCUGCUCCUCACUGCUGCUCUUGGGCGCUGUGGGUCCAGGCUACUCCUGGCCGGGGACGGGGGGCAUGUUUCUCCUGUUUCUCCUGUUCCCACCCCCAGUUCCUUCCCCUCCAUAGGUGGGCUGCCUGAUCUGUGCAGACAAGGCCCUCUGCCCUCUGCCUUAGUGUCUCUAGCAGGACAGGCUCCCUAGGAAGUGAGGGGCUACAUCCUUCUAUGGGUUUGAGGAAAGAGGGACCAUGUAAACCAGUUUGGGAGGAGGUGGGAGCCCAGGACGCUGGGUGGUGCCCAGGGCGUGGGUUCUGCUCUGGAACCAUCAGGCAGCCAGGCCCCCACUAACCCUUUUCUCUCUCUGGGCUAACGCUCCCUCACUGCUCAAUAGUUCCUGGGGCCUCUGCGCCAAGGUCCUGGGACUUCAUGACCUCACCCAGGAAGGGGAUCCUGGGACUUCAUGAUCUCACCCAGGAAGGGGAUCCUGGGACUUCAUGACCUCACCCAGGAAGGGGAUCCUGGGACUUCAUGACCUCACCCAGGAAGCGGAAACGGGCUUGGGGCAGAGAGGGGUGAAGGGGGAGCUUUUUGAGCCCUGGAUUCCUGGGAGGGAGGGAGGACAGGGUCUCUGGGGGCUUUCCCUGGUUCUCCCACGACUUCCCACAGUCUCUUCAGGCAAAGGCCAAAGUGGCUUCCCCCUCAUGGGGCCCUAUGAGGCCAAAGGGGCCUAAUUUAAAAAAAAGAAAAAGAAAAAUCCCAGGAUGAAAAUGGCUAAGUGGGCAAUUUCCUCCUUGCAGAAUGGGAGAUUGAAUCAACGAUGGGACAAUUAAUGUGUGCGGGAGAGAAGGAAAGGGGGCCGGGUGUGUGGGUGCUGAUGGCGGCUGGGCUGGGGAUUAAUCUCAAGGUCAGAUGGAGCCGUGGAUGACCUUGUGAGUUGGAGCCAGCCCAGGUGCUGGUACCUCCUUCCAGUUCCAGGCGCCACCCUACUGCCCGGACCUGCCCACAGCCUGGGAACCUCCCUUUCAGCCCCUCCUGGGGCAGGUCCUGGACUCUGGCUGGGAGAUACCUGAUGGGGGAGGCAUGGGGGUGUGGAAAUCUGAAGGCCAUCCUUCAGGCCAUUGAGGGCUCUCUCCUACCCCCAUCUGUUCUCCCCCUUCACCCUAGGGACUGACUCAGUGGAGUGGAGAGAGCUGCCCUCCUGCUUCCUCAAGCAGCCCCUCAAGACCAUGGUAUCCCCCCUCCACCUGCCUGCAGGCUUGCUGCCCCGAGGUUCCUUCAGCCUGGCCACCACCUGCA